GCGCGGCUUCAGCGCACAGUUCAGAUUCAGGCUGCUUUCACUGACGCUAAAGACAAUUACAGAGCAGUAAUAACUGUCAUACACAGAUACUUGAAGUUAUUUAUUAUCAACACAACUAGGAACCAUGUCUGUCGUUUGUUUGAGCCGAAAUAUUCUGGCUUUUAGGAAUUCUGGUAUGAUGGUGAUGGUGCGUCACGCUCAGACCGCUGCUGUGCCGGCUCCUGAGCCCAGGAUCAAGAAGUUCCAGGUGUACCGCUGGGAUCCAGACACCCCUGGCGACAAACCCCGAAUGCAGACGUAUGAAAUAGAUCUGAACACUUGCGGUCCAAUGGUUCUGGAUGCCCUAAUCAAGAUCAAGAAUGAACUUGAUCCCACGCUUACAUUCAGACGUUCCUGCCGUGAAGGUGGUAUCUGUGGCUCGUGUGCCAUGAAUAUAAACGGAGGCAACACACUGGCGUGCCUUAACAAAAUUGAUACAAACACCAGCAAACCCACUAAAAUCUACCCGUUGCCCCACAUGUACGUCGUCAAAGAUCUGGUGCCAGAUAUGAGCAACUUCUACGCACAGUACAAAUCCAUUGAGCCAUACCUGAAGAAGAAGGAUGAGAGUCAGGAGGGGAAGAAGCAGUAUUUCCAGUCAGUGGAGGACAGGCAGAAACUGGACGGCUUGUACGAGUGCAUCCUCUGUGCCUGCUGCAGCACCAGCUGUCCGAGUUACUGGUGGAACGCAGACAAAUACCUGGGGCCGGCUGUCCUCAUGCAGGCGUACCGGUGGAUGAUAGACUCCCGUGAUGAAUUCACAGAGGAACGUUUGUCUAAACUUCAGGACCCUUUCUCCCUGUACCGCUGUCACACCAUCAUGAACUGCACCAGGACUUGUCCCAAGGGUCUCAACCCGGGAAAGGCCAUAGCGGAAAUCAAGAAAAUGAUGGCGACUUACAAGGAGAGGAAAGCUGCAGCUUCAUAAACAACAAUUCUAGAAUAACGUCUGGACAGGGAGGAGGAGGAGAACCGACCUCAAACCUUCUGCUACAUUAGCACUUUUUAAGACUUUGUUUGUUGUAUGGGUGGAUUUGUGUGAGUGUGAAUGUUAAAGGGAAAUAAAACUGUAAGAAUUAACAGCUGGUCAUCAAAUAUAUAUUGUGUGCGUCAACAUUAUGGACCACAGCUUUGUUAAUUGUGUGUAAACAGAAAACAGAAGCUUUGCACGUUGGUGUAUUUAAUCUGGUAAUUGUAAAUAAUGUAUUCAGUAAAGAUUCUUGGAGCUUCUAACGCUGUUUUGCAUUGAUCUGGUCAGAAAAGACAUUUUAAUCAAAUGUUGUUCCAACCUAAGCUGCAAUAAAUUAUAUCAUGAAAGAUACA